AUGGAUAUUGGAAGCUCUUAUGGCCUCAGUGGGCCAAGUAUUACCAUAAGAGAGCUUACCAAGGAUCGUAUUAACUUUAUUUUAAGCGACACCGAUUUGAGUGUUGCAAAUGCACUUCGUCGAGUUAUGAUUGCAGAAGUACCCACAGUUGCUAUUGACAUGGUAGAAAUUGAAACGAAUACAACUGUACUGGCUGAUGAAUUCAUCGCUCAUCGACUUGGAAUGGUUCCUAUUGAUAGUAGAGAUGUGGAUAAAUUACGAUAUACUAGAGAUUGUACUUGUUCUCAAUACUGCCCAGAGUGUUCUGUAGAAUUAACAUUGCAUGUCAAAUGCACUGAUGAUAGAACCAAGGACGUAACAACACGAGAUCUUAUAUCAACAAACCCUUCAUUCACACCAGUACUCCAAGACAAGGACGAUUCUGGUGUACUCUUAGUCAAGCUACGUAAAGGUCACGAAUUGAAGUUGAAGUGUAUUGCAAAAAAAGGUGUGGCGAAGGAACAUGCCAAGUGGAGUCCAGUGAGUGGUGUUGCCUUUGAAUAUGAUCCUUAUAAUAAAUUGAGACAUACAACAUAUUGGUUUGAAGAAACAGAAGAAGAAUGGCCAUUAAGUAAAAAUGCACAAUAUGAAGCACCUCCUGAUAAAGAUGCGCCUUUCGAUUACAAUGCAAAACCUGAUAAAUUUUACUUUGAAGCAGAGACCGUCGGUUCCUUAGCACCAGAAGAAGUGGUAACGAUGGCAAUGAAAACACUAGUCGAUAAAUUGGCUUAUGUACAAAUGCAAAUACAAGAAGAAGUAGAAAUGAAGGAACAAGAAAAUCCAAAUGCUUGGAAUAAUUAUUAA